GAAACGGGUUGAAAAAUGCGGUCGUCCAUUUCCUGUUCUUGUCUGCCGUGUGCACACACACACAGAAAAACUCCCUGGCUCGCAACAGCUUCUUAGUUACUGCGAGGCCGAGGUGUAGAGAGCGACAGAGAGAGGAGGGAAGGUCUCUGCCCUGCGCCACAGCACCAUCAUGACCCGGGGAUCCAGGAGCGCUAGGGAGGGCACCCACAGCUCCCUGCUGACCCUGGAGGAGAACGGGAAGAUGGAGGAACUCCUGGGAAGAAGGUGUACGGCUAUGGCCACCGCGGUGGUCCAGCUGUACAUGGCCCUGCCUCACAGCCCGUCGGUGUGGACCCUGCAGCACACGGGGGUGGUCCGCUUCGUGAAGGACACCCAGAGGUCCUACUUCAUACGCGUGUUCGACCUGAAGGCUGGAGUUCAGUUCUGGGAGCAGGAGCUCUACUCGCAGUUUGUUUACAGCUGUCCUCGGCCGUACUUCCACACAUUCCCAGCUGAUGAUUGCCAAGUGGGGCUCAGCUUUGCCAGUACGCAAGAAGCGGAAAUCUUCCAACGUGUCGUAGAGGACAAGAUUAACCAAAGAAAUAACCGUCGAGAAAAGACACAACAACCUCAGUCUUCCAAUGGCCGAAGUUUGCCUCCACCACCGACAAACAAAGGUUUUUCCAUGGCUACGGUAGACAUCCAAAACCAGGACGUUCAGUCCUCUCACUUCCGCUCCAUGGCCGGGCCGGUCGCCUCCUUCUCCACCAGCAAGAAAGGGAAGAAGGAGAAGAAAGGAAAAAACAAGGGCUCCAAACUCACCAAGCGCGACAUAGGAGCGCCUAGCGGCUUCACCCAUGUGAGCCACGUGGGCUGGGACCCCAACACCAUGGACCCGGACCUGGUGAAGCUGCUGGCCAGCGCGGGGAUCGGCGAGGCGGAGAUGAAGGACGAGGAGACCUCCGAGCUCAUCUUCAACAUCAUCCAGCAGUCGGGGGGCAUGGAGGCCGUGAAGAUGGAGGUCAACAGAGCCGGCCCCCCUCCCCCUCCCCAACAUGGCCGUCAGGGCCCUCUCCCGCCUCCGCCGGGCUCCUCCCCCUCCUCUUCUUUCCCGACCCGGCCGCCCACGCGCCGCUCUGGCCCCCUGCCCCCCGUCCCGGGCCAAUCCCCCCAGCGCGGGGGGGGCCCCCCACCGCCGCCCCCUCCUCACGGGGGUCCAGCGCCUCCUCACGGGGGUCCAGCGCCUCCUCACGGGGGUCCACCGCCUCCACCGCCGCCCACCAGCCGGGGCGGCGGUGGAGGCGGUCACCCACCACCGCCCCCUCCCCAGUUCAGGUCCCCCGCGUACCCCCCGCCCCCCUCCAAGCUCGACCCGCUCAUCUCGGUGGCCCACCUCCCCCGCCCCCACCACCGGCAGCAAAGCCUCUGCAGGACGACCAAGACUUCCACGCCCCCCCUCCGCCCUUCCCUGGGGGUCCAGCGGCCAGGCUAG